AUGUCUCAAGAACAACCCGGCUACUACUCCCCCGCCCCCGCUGGAGGACAAGUACCCGUUCCUGGCACCCCUAGCUAUCAAUAUGUCACCCCACAACCCCUCGACCCUUCCCAGCAACAAUACCAACAACAACAGCAAUACGCACAACAAUCCCCUCCCGGAACAAUCCUCCAGCAGCCCUACUACCCUGCCCAGUCUCCCGCCCCUGGAUUCGCACAACCCUCUACUGUGAUCUCCCCCGAGUUCAAGGAACAACCCGCAGCCAUCUACGCGACCGAGGCCCACCCCGCCCAGCCUGUGGUGAUUAAUGUUGAUGGUAUCGAGCGCCGUGGUUUGAUGGGCAAGAUGCACCAGUUCGAGAUGUGCUGUGGCUUCAUUCCUCUUCACACUGGUGCCAUGAUCAUUGCUAUCUUGAGUGUCUUCCUUUAUGGAGGUUUUGGUCUCGCCCUCCUGGUUUCUAGCACCUAUAGUGGAACUUGGUAUGGCAUCGUUUUCAUCAUCCUCGGAAUCGUCUACCUCGGUGUCGCCGCCAUCUCCGCCGCUGGUUUCAUGGGCGCAUACAGGGAAGACCCCAAGUGGGUCAAUAUCUUUGUCAAGUUCUAUGUCAUCGGCUACUUUGUCUGGGCCAUCAUCCAGCUCAUCCAAAUGGGUAUUAGUGUCGCCUACUACUCCAACUACUGCUCAAACCUCUCCACCUACUAUGGUUACUCCUGCGGUUUCGGUUGGGCUGGCUGGAUUAUCCCAUUCUUGAUCGGUUUGGCUCUCCAGUACUACUUCUGCUGCUGCCUGGUUUCUUAUCAGAGAGUCCUUUUGGCCAAGUUGAGCGGCGGUGAUGUUGAGGGUGGCAAGACCAUCGAGAUGCACUAA